GACCGUGAAUAGUGUUAAAAGUGACGCAGUAUAAUUACAAAAUGCCUGAGAUUGCUGAAGUUGCGCGCAUUGUGCAUUUCCUGCGCAUCCAUCUGGUUGGCAAGAAGAUUGCAAAUGCAUGGGCCAUUGACGAUGGUAACGUCUUUGGAAAAGUCGGAACUACUGGCGCAGCAGUGCAGGCAGCAUUGAAGGGUAAUAAGGUUGUUUCAGCGGGAAGCCAAGGCAAAUACUUUUGGAUUACUCUCGAGAAGCAGCCGCAUCUAGUGAUGCACUUUGGAAUGACAGGCUGGGUUCAUAUCAAACAGGAUAUGACUGCUUACACAAACUACUACAAGAAGAUGGGUGACACCACAUACGAACAAUGGCCUCCAAAGUUUUGGAAGUUCCAUCUCAAAACAGAAGGUCCCGAUCCGGUUGAAAUUGCUUUUACAGAUGCGCGCCGGUUUGGAAGAGUUCGUUUGGUAGACUGCCCUGCAGCCGAUAUUCGAAAACACUCGCCUCUUGUGGAAAACGGCCCAGAUCCUGUCGUUGACAAAGAUCGAUUCACGCUCGACUACUUUUCUGGAAGGACGAAAUCGCGACAUGUCCCAAUCAAGGCUCUUCUCCUUGAUCAAACAUUCAUUAGUGGAAUCGGCAACUGGGUUGCUGAUGAGACCCUGUAUCAGGCCAAGGCGCACCCGGAACAGUACUGCAAUGAGUUUGAUGACGACGAGAUUAAGAGUAUUUACGAAGCCAUCAACUAUGUGUGUGGACUAUCUAUCGACAAGCUUGGAGACUCGGACCAGUUUCCUGACCAUUGGCUGUUCAACCAUAGAUGGGGUAAGGGCGAUAAGGGACCCAGUAGGCUUCCCAACGGUGAAAAGUUGGACUUUAUUACUGUUGGUGGUCGCACUAGCUGCUAUGCACCAGGUAUUCAAAAGAAGACUGGUGGUAAAGCUGGGCGUGUGAAGAGCGAAGUCAAGUCGGAGGACGAUGCUCCUGAGCCUAAGGAGUCGAAGAAGAGUGUGAAGAAGAACGUGAAGAAGGCUGUUGUUAAGAAGGAGGAAGAAGAUGAAGAGGAUAAAAAGCCAAUCUCUAAGAAAAGACGAGCCCCAAUGGACCAAAGCCCUGUUGAGAGCAAGAAGGGCAAGACCCAAGCCAAGCCGGCGGAAUCAACAGGUAGAAGACGAUCAGCAAGACUACGAGAGUAGUUGAAGAGGCCCUAUUAGGAUAUCUAUUUUUGUAUAAUAGUUGGAUAUCAUUAAUCUAUUGGUUACCAUGUACAUUAAUAUGACACUGACAGCGCCAAGAUGCUCUGAGUGUCUAACCCCAAGUAACGAGAGUGCCGCCAUACCGCACUAUGAAUUUCUUUUAAAACCAGGACUUCAUUAGAAGAAAAAGGUCAAACGUCAAGAUACGCCAAGUGCAAUGCAACACUAAAGCAAAGAUAGAAGGUUUGGUAUCAUGUCUUCAGCCUCAGAAUGGAGGUGAAGAGGAGCGUCAUUAAUUGCUUUCGACGGCAAAGCCGACAACGUAGUUGGCGUUGCAGUCGGGAAUGUGAAUAGGGAUCAGAGUGAGGGUAUUUGUAAACUGCUGGCCGGUCUUUUUGUAGUUGAUUAGAUUUGUUUGAAUUUCGGUAUGCGAACUCAGUGCAUUUCGUAUUUGUUUGACUGAUGGGAGAUUCUUUUCUCUGACGUUCCGCAGGUUUGGUUGUAGGCUUUGUGGUCGUUGGAGGAAUCUGCAGUUGCGGCCGAUGAUUUCAUCUGUGUUGUAUCCUGUCAUGGAACAAAAGGCAUCAGUGACAUAGAUGGCUGGGGUAUCAGCCUGGUCGAGAUCGCAUACGAUUAGUGAUACAGAGCAGUCUACUGGCCCAAGAUGAACCUGGGGGUUUGGCCUCCCCAUAACAUAAAA